CUUCAUUCCUUUUUUUCACUUUUUCUGUUCACCAUUUCACACUUCUAUGCACUUGUGUCCCUGUUACUCGUAGAAUCUCUCGCCCUGUCUCAUGCACACACACAGACACACACUAGUAGAUUCCUUGCUUUAGCUUCAAAUCUCUGCUAAUUAAUCUUUGAUUUUGUUUUUCUCUCCUCUUUUCCCACCAUAACCCCAUCUCAAUUUCGUUUUACCCAUCUUCAAAGGCCCACAAUUUCCCAAUCUUUGUGUCUCAAGAAACCCUAGUUCUGCUAAAAUUCACAGAUUCUCAAACACCCUUUUCUGAUUUUGUGCAUAUAUGUUGAUCUUGGUUCGUAUCACGUUGUAAUUCAGCUUAAAGGUGUUGAAUUCAGGUUGGUUUUUGGGAGUUUGGAUUUUGGGAUUAUUUGGGUAUUUUGUAAAUUGCUUUAAAGAUUGACCCUUUGAUUUGUUAAAUUGAAAACCCCCACAUUCCCAAUUUGGCAUCUUGCAGCAGAAUUUGGGUUUGAUUGGUGUUUGAAAGGGAAAUUGGAUAAGAAAGUUUGAAGCUCAAGUUUUGGUGGAUUUUGUGGUUUUGAAUUAAGGGAUUUUUUUGUGAUUUCAUAUAUAUAGUUAAGUUUGUUAAGGAUAAGAAGAUGGAGAAAUACGAGCUUGUGAAGGAUAUAGGGUCUGGGAAUUUUGGUGUUGCAAGGCUCAUGAGGAACAAGGAGACCAAAGAGCUUGUGGCAAUGAAAUACAUUGAGAGAGGACACAAGAUUGAUGAGAAUGUAGCAAGGGAGAUCAUUAAUCAUAAAUCACUUCGACAUCCAAACAUAAUUCGCUUCAAGGAGGUGGUAUUGACUCCCACUCAUCUUGCCAUUGUUAUGGAAUAUGCAGCUGGUGGAGAACUGUUUGAGCGCAUUUGCAAUGCAGGAAGGUUCAGUGAAGAUGAGGCUAGAUACUUUUUCCAGCAGCUUAUUUCAGGAGUCCACUACUGUCACAACAUGCAAAUAUGCCAUAGAGAUCUGAAGCUGGAGAAUACCCUUCUUGAUGGAAGUGCAGCUCCACGCUUGAAGAUAUGUGAUUUUGGAUACUCAAAGUCGUCCCUGUUGCAUUCAAGGCCAAAAUCAACUGUUGGAACUCCAGCUUAUAUUGCUCCAGAGGUCCUCUCCAGAAGGGAAUAUGAUGGCAAGCUGGCUGAUGUUUGGUCAUGUGGAGUGACACUUUACGUGAUGCUGGUUGGGGCAUACCCUUUUGAAGACCAGGAGGAUCCAAAGAACUUCAGGAAAACUAUUCAACGAAUAAUGGCGGUACAGUACAAGAUUCCUGACUAUGUUCACAUAUCGCAAGAUUGUAGGCACCUUCUCGCUCGCAUAUUUGUUGCCAAUUCAGCAAGGAGAAUUACAAUCAAAGAUAUAAAGUCGCACCCAUGGUUUUUGAAGAAUUUGCCUAGGGAAUUGACAGAAGCAGCACAGGCAGCUUAUUAUAGAAAAGAAAACCCGACAUUUUCGCUUCAGAGCGUGGAGGAGAUCAUGAAAAUUGUGGAAGAAGCAAAGACCCCUCCUCCAGUUUCCCGUUCAGUCUCAGGUUUUGGCUGGGGAGGUGAAGAAGAAGAAAAGGAAGGAGAUGUAGAAGAAGAAGUGGAGGAGGAGGACGAAGAAGAAGAAGACGAAUAUGACAAACAAGUGAAACAAGCACAUCAAAGCUUAGGGGAUGUUCGUCUCACCUAAGCGUAAAUUAUCUUCCUUGCUCGCUCAGAACUGUGGACACACAUUGGCCUACUUAUGUCUUUGGCAUUUCCUGGUUGUGUAAAAGUUGUUUCACCUGGGCCUACUUUAUCCUUUUUGCUUGUAGAAAACUAUAGCUUUUAAGUGUGGCAUUUCCUGGUCUUGUCAAGAUUUUCUUUUUUCUGUUGUGUGGAACUUAAAAGAAGUCUUGUAAAUUUCGAGUUUUGAGUUAAGGAAGCUUGUGAAUUAUAUUUCUAUAAGACUAAGGCAUUGUGAUGUACUGAAGUUGAACCUCAAUUGAGUCUUGAGUUGCAAUUUGCAGGAAACUUUGGUGAGUUUUGUUGUAUGCAUCUUGGAUAUAUGCAAUAUGGUUGUGAUGGUCUUGCAGUCUUA